AUGGCUCGCGGGUGCGCCGCCUCGGCGGUUCUCCUGCUGCUCUGCCUCUGCCUGAGACCCGCCCAUGGUCUCGAGGGCUUGGCUACCCUUUUGCAGCCCAUCACCCCAAAUCAGCUUGAACGUAUCUUCCAGACACAGACUCGCGUCGUCUCCCGCUCCGGGUCCGAUGCCGAUGCCUUUCUCACCCAGCUGCGCGAGACCGAACCCCUCGCUCAGCACAUGGCGAGCUUGUUGGACUUUGAAAACAUUUAUGUUCAAGCUGCUGGCUUUCCCAAUGCCAUCCGCACAACACAGCAUGGCGGCAUCGACACCUUGCACAGCCCGCUGACGCUGGCCGAGUUCAAGAACAUGAGCGAUGUGACCAGCGUCGUCUACAAGCGUGAGUUUGACCGCAAGGCCCAGCCAUCGGCCCUUGAGUCCCUCAUCGAAUCCGAACUCGGCAUCGAUGCCACCGUUCACGCCUACUUUACUCCUGCCAACGCCCAGACCCUCGAGCCCCACACGGAUCCAUACGACGUCGUCGUGGUCCAGGUGGCAAACCAAAAACACUGGACCCUCUGUCUCCCCCAGACAGACAACGCCACCGUCUCCCUCUCAGAAGCCGACCGCGCCCAGCUCCAAGAGAUCAAACGCAGCCACCUCGACGGCUGCACCACCUACACCAUGUCCAUGCUCCAGCCCAUGAUCUGCCGCAACGUCACCCUCCACCAAGGCGACAGCAUGUACCUCCCCAAGGGCGUCAUCCACUACGCCGUCACCACCGAUACCCCCUCUGCCCAUCUCACCAUCGGUCUCUCCCGCACGGGCCGCACCUGGCUCGACGUUCUCACUGCCCAGUGCCAGCGCACUACCCUCCCCAGCUACGUCUGCCAUCAGUAUGAGGCACUCGCCAAUGCUGUUGGUCAGACGCCUGAGGGCCUCAUUUGGCACGAGCUGGCUGUGCCGGGCCUGGCUGCUUGGCGCGAACAGCUCUGCGCCAGCCUGAGCCCGCUGAUUAUGGGUGAAGAGUCGUACUCGCUUCUUUCGGCACUCAGUGGUAUUCGCUUUGAGCAGCUGCAACGCAGUCUGGGUGAUCGCUCUGGUCUCUACUGGCCCCGUCAAAAACUUCGCCAAAACCUUGGUGCUCUGUUACAGUGUGAACCCCAAGAGUUGGCCGAGCGUGUCAAUGUGCAUCACGAUGCCGCGAUUGGUCUUGAGCGUGAUCGUCGCAGCUCAAGUUGGACGGCACCAUGUGCUUCGGCGAAUACGUGCUCCGCCUCUGGCUGCGAUUGUGACUCAAGCGGCUGCACUUUAGGCCUCAGCUGCGACAGCGGCUGUGAUUCGAGCUGCGACUCAAGCUGUGAAUGUGAUGGCACUGUUGCCUGCAACAGAGGAUACUAUCGCUCCGGAGCCCAGUCGGAGGCUCAGUGCAAUGAAUGUGCUGCUGGAAAGUAUCAACCAAGUACCGGUGGUACCUCAUGUUUCUCCUGUCCUCAAGGCAAAUACUCUGGAAAGGGGUUCAACGCUUGCUAUACUUGUCCAAGCGGCAAGUAUAACACCCAGGACGGCUCAAGUAGCUGUACGAACGCCGGCACCGGAUACUAUGUCAAGGAUUCAGACCACACGCGCCGCCUGCAGUGCGCGGCCGGAAAGUAUUCUGAUACUUCCACGGCUAACUCAUGCAAGAGUUGCCAGUCCUCGCCGUGGCCUGGCGAGUACCAGAAUCAGGCAAAACAGAGCAGCUGCAAGGCUUGCCCUGACGGCAAAUACGUCACAUCAAACUCAGCCACGAGUUGCAUCGACCAGCCUGAUUUGACUGCCUCGUACUCGGCCGCGGCCAAGAGUAUUACCAUCAACGUGGGCAACUCUGCUGGCCGCUGGGGCCAGUUCCGCAUCAGCCUGGGCCUUUGGCGCUCACGUGAAUAUGCUUAUGACGAUGCCUCGGGCUAUCCCAUUGAAGUGGAUGCCUCCAAGACAAGCGGCUCCUAUGACUCUGUCUCAUCCCAUACGCUCUCGUACCUGAUUCCAGGCCAAUACUACUAUCUGAAGAUUGAGGCCAUGGACAAGGACAACAAUGAGUAUGAAGAUGAAUACGCCGAGUUCAACAUUGUCCAAACCAAUUGCGGCUGCCAAGAGACAGACACGAGUGGACCGCCAGUCAACAUGGCCGUUGAGCAGUACAUGGGCAAGCUCUUCUUCUCUUGGGAGGAUCAGAGCUACUGUGAAGAUGGGUUCAUUCUGCGCCGCGAUGGUACCACAUUCACUUCCUCCUACGACGUGGCCUCCAGCACGGCAUGUGGUUUGCUACACGAACCGGAAACGGUAUUUGACGACAUUAUCAUCUCACCCGAGGUUGAUGUUGGCCAAGCGUAUUCAUACUGUGUUUCCGCGUACUCGAGUACCACGGUGAUCUGGGCCGACGACCAAGAUCUGGAUAGCCGCUAUGAGUCGAGCGAGGCCUGUGCCGACUAUCAGGUGCAAUGGGAGGCCAAGGUGACAGGUCAGGUUGCGUUGGGCAACGACGAGUUUUCAAAGGUUCCCGUGGCCGACACCAACGUGUCAUGGAGCAUUGGAGGGGGGACGUUGUCAGGCACGACAACAACAGACGCCAACGGCGAGUUUGAGGUUUACAUUCUGACAGAUCUCCUCACCAACCAGUUUGAAGAAAUGAUUGUGUCCGUGGCCAAGACCUCUGAGGGCAUCGAGCACACGUACGAAUGCGACGGCAUCUCUUGCACCUCGCGCACCUUCCUUGUGGAGUGGUUGACCUUUGAGAACAAGAUUGAGUUUGAGGACACCUCGAGCGUCCCGCUGACGGGCUACGUCUACGCUGACGGCACAAUCACCACGGCCAGCCCAGACGGCUGUGGUCUGCAAGACCACCGCGUGUGCUUCAACAGCCGCCACACCCACGGCACCAUUGCUUGCUCCUACACUGACGUUACGGGCUACUACGUUGUGGCAGUGCCCGAAGGGUUGACUGUUUAUGGCACAGUCGAGUAUGAGGACCAUGAGUAUGAGCUGAUGAACAACUCUCGCAGCCUGACUCCAGAGGGCAGCGAAGUCGUCGUUGACAGCAUGGGCAACACGCUCAACUACUCGUAUUUUUACGUGGACUUUGACGUUGUCAACGGCAACGACAUCAACUUUCAAGAUGUGACCAAGCGCAACGUCACGUUGCAGGUGGCGGGUGGCAAGUGCAACCGCACACUGGGCACGAGCACCAUUGUCUUCACGCACGCGACCUGCGACAUCGAACUGACCUAUGAGGUUCUAUAUGAGAGCGUCCAGGAGGUUCCGGCCAUCAACUGGAUUGCCUCGUACGAUUCCACCGUGGCCUUUGACAAUACCUACGUCACGGACAUGAUGUUCAAGUACUACAAGGCGGCUGGCGUGCGUGUGCAGGACGUGGACCUCUCGAGCGAAGAAGCAACCGCCCGCUGGGAGUAUCACCCGCAGGCCACCAUCGAGCUCACCAUCUCGGGCACCAAGACCUCUUCCUGUGACACCAAGGUCAUUGGGCGCGACGUCGUCAGCGAUGUAACAGUAACGGUGUACGAGGAGUUCUGGGACAACCAGGCCGACUGCACCUGGGUCGAGGGCAAUCUGUACGUCACCAACCAGCUGGGUGAGACCACGGUUGUGGCUGACGAGCUCUUGUCUGAACAAGCCAUUGAGCAAGAGGAGUAUGAUCGCUUGGUUCUUUGCAACACGGAAUGCGAAGUGGAGCUGCAGCGCGACGAUGGCGAGAAUGCCGAUACGUAUGAGUUUACUCGUGGGGAGAUGGAGAUUCAAAUGGGCGAGCCGGAAACCACUGCCGAGGUGGAGGGUGUCAAGUAUGCCAAACUCUUUUCCGUUCGCUUCUCGCAUGCGGUCAAUAUCGACUCGACGCUUGCCGUACCUGUCGUUGUGACUGGUGCCAAGGUUCUCAGCGACAAGUUUACGAUGGAAUAUGCAUCCUUUGCCGGAGCUUACAGCCAUAUUGAAGGCGGUCUGAGCUUUGGAACGGUGAUGGAGUCGUGUGCUUUGGUGGCAUGCGUCGAGACGAUUGACUACCAUUCACACUUGGGUGUUGCUGCGGACAUCAACUCUUUGGAGGGCAAGAUCAAGACGAGCGGCAACAAGGACGGGUCCCUGCAAGUGACGACAACCUUCACGUUGGAAACCAGCGACUAUUCUGGGACGCCCUCGGACCACCUGGUUGUCGUACCUUCCCUCGUUGUCAAGUUUGCCGAGGUCCGCGUGGUCUCCUUCAACUUUACGUCCUGCGAGUCAAACGUGGAUACGGAGAUCCAGUGGACCCUGGACAAGGCCAACGAGAUUGGCGCCUUCUCCAUCAAGUCGUACAAGUUUAUUGAGAUUGAGGAGCUGCCGACGUUGAGAAAGAACCUGGCCUACUACGAGGCAGAGUAUGAAGAGCUCCUGGAAACUCAGCCAGACAAUGUUGCUUCUCAGAACGAGACAUUGACCAAGAUCAGCAAGAUCAACGAGGGCAUUGACGGGUGGCAGUCGAUCUUGGAUUACAUUGACACCAUGACUGCCCAGGCCGAGGCCGGUAACCUGACCCGCCAGACACAUUUGAUGCCCUCCAAGCUCAUGGCCAAUGCCAUGGACUUUGACCUGAACAAGGUCGAGGAUGCGGAAGCCAAUCUCGAGGUCAAUGAUGCCAUCAGCUUUAGCGGUGGUGGCCUGAAGUAUCGUUACGAGAGCACUCGUGAGCAAGAAGCAACGUCUACCAGCGGCGACUUUUAUCACCUCGACUGGAACGCGCGCAUUGUUGGUGACCACGACUUCUCCGCCACUGUCAUUGGCGGCUAUGUGGGUGCAGACGUGGGUGGCGAGGGUGAAAUCAACGACCAGGACACAACAACGAAUGGCUCGAGUACCACCGCCACCUUUGGCUUUGAGCUGAGUGAUCCAGACAUGGGUGAUGAAUUCCUGGUGCAGGUCUAUCGUGACCCCUAUUUCAACACCAUGGUGUUUGCCACGAUUGCUGGUUCCAGCUCGUGCCUUCACGAGGACAAUACAUAUGCCUUGCAGCAGCCACGAUUGCUUGUGACGCGCACGCCGGCUGGGGAGGUUUUCCCGGAUGCCGAAGCCUAUUUCACCGUCCUGUUGCUCAACGAUGCCAUUGGCUCUGCCUCUUAUGAGCUGUAUAUUCGUGACGAGACGGGUGUGUCCGUCACGGCAGAUGGCCAUCGUCUCGUUCAGCCCAUUGUGUUUGAGCAAAUGCCCGGUGAGUCGCAGUACGAGCAAGUGAUUGCCGUGAAACGCUAUGACAUGAGCCGCUACACCUUCAACGUGAUUCUGGGCUACCGGUCGCGCUGCGAGAGCAUUGAGUUUGUGGGUGGCGACGAUGCUGCCUUGGCUGAGCUGCAGUCCUCGGAAGUGACGCUCUCCGUUGAGUUUCUCCAGCCCUGCUCCCAGGUUGACUGGACUGGCACCAUGAGUCGCGAGCGCUCGUUCCUUGUCAACAUUGAGGAGAAUGCCGAGAUCUUCCGCGUUACCCUGGCCAACCCUGAGACAUCCUCUCGCCGCUGGGAAGACAAUGGCCGCCUGGAGGGCGUGCAUCUCAUGUACCGUCGUGUGGGUGACGUGGACUGGGCGUACGCCCGCAACGCCAGCGGGGACAUUCUCAACUUUAUGUACGGCGAGUCGGACUACGGUUAUAGCACCCUUGAAUGGAAUACCGAUGGUGUUCUGGACGGGGAGUACGAGCUGAUGGCAGUGAGCGAGUGCACUGCGGCGGGCCUGGAUCCGCCGGAUGGCAUCAAUGAGGUGUUUUCUAGUACGAUCAGUGGCCGCAUUGAUCGGGAGGCGCCAGGCGUCUUUUCUCAGCCCGAGCCCGUGGACGGUGUCUUCUCUGCUGGCGAUGUGAUCUCAGUGAAGAUGACUGAGGAUAUUGUGUGCAGCCGCCCCUUCCCUUUUUAUGUGGCCGUGACUGUUGAGGGGCUUUUCGAGCUAGGUACCAACGACAUUGACAUUGAGUGCAGCGGCGACACGCUGUCACUGUCGCUCUAUCGCCACUUCUCCUCGGCCACCUUGGCUGGCUCGAGUGUGACGGUUGUCAUCACGGGCGUGCUGGAUCUGGCGCAGAACGCAGCCAGUGAGAUUAGCUGGACGUACGAGUACGAGGCCCCGACGACCACGUCCAGUGUGUCGGUAGCCAUCAACGACCUGGUCCUGACGGUGACGUGGGACGAGGCCUACGCGGACAUCAACAGCGAGGAGGCACAGGCGCUGGCCGCACGCAUCGCCUCGGAACUGGCCAGUAUCCUCGGCGUGGCGACCUCCCGCAUCUCUGUUCAGCGCUUCUCCGAGGAGGCUGACAACCGAACGGCCGUCAGCUUGCUCUUCACGGCAGCAGCUUCUGCGCGUCGUCGCGACAACUCGGAGCAGUCAAGCGAGGUCUUGGUGUACCUCCUUGAGCAAGCACUGCAGAACGGUGGCAAUUUUUCCGUUGUGUCCGUUGAUGGCAAUACUUACCUGGAAACCAGCAGCAUCAUUGAUGACGAUUCGGAUGGGGAGAGUAGCACGACGGCGACACCCACGGGAGACUCGGACAACAGUGCGUCGGCCUCUUCGGCGGACAUCUCGGCCCUCAAGGACGACGUCACUGCCACGUUUGUCGUUUCUAUUGUGACGAUGGUGUUGCAGUUUGUGGUGAUUGUGGCCCUGGUGUGGUGCUACAAGUAUCGCGGCCAGCGCGCGCAUCUGGAGGGUUCCUCCAAGCACCAACGCCAAUUCCAAGUGUUCUCGGCAGGGAGCGCCAAGUCGACCCGCACUGGCAAGCAGGACAGCAACUACAGCUUUGCUCAAUCUCCCGCCCAUGUGAACACGACAUAUGAGCUGGCCAACCGCCAGGAUGUGGCAAACCCAACUUAUGAACUGGCCUAUCGCAACUCUGCGCACGGACAGCGUCGCGUGACCAGCACGGACUUGGAUGCCAUGACAGACUUUGCUCAAUCUGACGUUGAAGAGGAGCAUGCUCUGCCUGCAACCGGGCGACGAGUGAGCGUCGUCUCGGCGUAG